UUCGAAAUUCGUAAAUGAGAACUUCCGCCUUUUUGACAAAGACAGAAGAUUUUCCUUUCCAUUUCUUUUUUUCGUAGUAAUGGCACCCAAAAAGCCUGCCGAGAAAUCCGCCAAAUCAGGCGACAAGAAGCCUGAGAAGAAGCCAUCGGCCACAUCAGCCGCCUCUGCUUCAGCUGCUAAACCCGCUGCAGCAAAGAAAGCUGCUCCAGCCGCUGCUAAGAAGCCAGCUACUGCAGCCGGUGGUGUGAAGAAACCAGUUGUUAAGAAACCCGCAGCUGCCAAGAAAGUUGCAACCAAGACUAAGCCAAAAGCUAAGGAUGUCAAGAAGAAGCUUGCUGCCGGUAAGAAGCCACAAUCUUUGUUGGCUAAAUUGUCCGCCAAGACUCGUGCCGCAGCCAAGGGCAAGAAGGUAGCCGCUAAGCCAGGCGCUAAAUUGCAAAAAGGUACAGCUAAGGCUAAGGCUGUUGCUUUGUUGAAGGCAAAGAAAGUUCAAACCAAGAUCGUCAAAGGUGCUUUUGGUACUCGUACACGCAAGAUUCGCACCAAUGUGCACUUCCGUCGUCCAAAGACUUUGGUGUUGCCCCGUCGUCCAAAAUACCCAAGGAAGUCGGUGCCAACCAGAAAUCGCAUGGAUGCUUACAAUAUCAUCAAGUACCCAUUGACAACUGAAGCCGCCAUGAAGAAGAUUGAAGACAAUAACACUUUGGUGUUUUUGACUCACCUGCGCGCUAACAAGAAUCACGUACGUGCCGCCGUACGUAAAUUGUACGACAUCAAGGUAGCUAAGGUUAACAUCCUGGUGAGACCCGAUGGUCAAAAGAAGGCUUACGUACGAUUGGCGCGUGAUUAUGAUGCGCUAGAUAUUGCCAACAAGAUUGGUAUCAUAUAAACGUUGCGCAUAAUACGUUUCUUUUAUAUAUAGCAAUUUUCAGUUAAAACAGACAAACGGAUAGAACUUACUUUUAUCUAAAAUAAAAAAUAUAAAAAUACA